GUGUUAUCAGAAAAUUUCAGACAGGUUUUUUUAUAAGGAAAAAGUGAAAACAAACCCGAGCGACAGAUUCUAGAGAGAGAGAGGACGUGGGGGAGGUUCUAGAGAGAGAAAGUGGGGAGAUGGAUCAGAGAGAUGGAGAGAAUGAUAUUGAGAUCGAAGGAGUGUGGGGUGAUUGGAGGGAGAUGGAGGGGAACGGAUCGGACUUCUCUGACAAGGAUACGGCGAUGAGGGAGCCGUUGCUCGUUAGGAAGAGGUUGAAUAGUACUUCGCAGAUUGCAAUUGUGGGAGCCAGCGUUUGUCCGAUUGAGAGCUUGGACUACGAGAUUGUGGAAAAUGAACUUUUUAAGCAGGACUGGAGAUCUAGAAAAAGGGUUCAGAUAUUUCAAUAUAUUGUGCUCAAGUGGACGCUUGCCCUCCUUAUCGGGUUAGGUACUGGGCUGGUUGGCUUCUUCAACAACCUUGCAGUUGAGAAUAUAGCUGGUUUCAAACUUUUACUCGCUAGCAAUCUCAUGCUUAAGGACAAGUAUGGUCUGGCAUUUGUAACAUUUGCGGGUUGUAACAUGGUUUUGGCAAUUGCUGCGGCUGUCCUCUGUGCUUACAUUGCCCCUUCAGCUGCGGGCUCUGGCAUCCCUGAGGUGAAAGCAUAUCUCAAUGGCAUAGAUGCUCAUUCUAUAUUGGCUCCGAGUACCCUCUUUGUAAAGAUUUUUGGCUCCAUUCUUGGAGUGUCUGCUGGAUUUGUUGUGGGUAAGGAAGGGCCCAUGGUCCAUACUGGCGCUUGCAUAGCCUCUUUGCUUGGGCAGGGAGGAUCCCGCAAAUACCAUUUGACAUGGAAAUGGCUCAGAUACUUCAAAAAUGACAGGGAUCGUCGUGAUUUGAUUACCUGUGGUGCUGCAGCUGGUGUGGCUGCUGCUUUCCGUGCUCCAGUGGGUGGGGUCCUCUUUGCACUUGAAGAAGUAACUUCAUGGUGGAGAAGUGCUCUUCUCUGGAGAACCUUUUUUACAACAGCUGUAGUAGCAGUGGUGUUGAGAGCCCUCAUAGAAUUUUGUCGGAGUGGCAAGUGUGGGUUAUUUGGGCAAGGAGGUCUGAUCAUGUUUGAUGUCAAUUCGUCUCAAGCCACUUAUGAUACCCCUGAUUUACUGACUGUCAUAUUCCUUGGAAUUGUCGGUGGCAUUUUUGGAAGCCUCUACAAUUUUCUCGUGGAUAAGGUCCUUCGUACAUAUAGCAUCUUCAAUGAGCAAGGUCCUAAAUUUCGGGUCCUGCUUGUCAUUGUCAUCUCCCUCCUGACAUCUUGCUGCGCUUAUGGUAUUCCAUGGCUGGCACAGUGCAAGCCUUGUCCAAUUGAGCUGAAGAAUGAGUGCCCCACCGUAGGCCGCUCUGGAAACUACAAGAACUUCCAAUGUCAACCAGGCCAUUACAAUGACCUUGCCUCCCUCUUUCUCAACACCAAUGAUGAUGCCAUACGCAACCUAUUCAGCAAUGGCACCCAAAAUGAAUUCCAACUCUCCACCCUUGUCAUUUUCUUUGCUGCUGUAUACUGCCUUGGCAUUAUUACUUAUGGCAUUGCUGUUCCCUCGGGGCUAUUUAUCCCUGUCAUACUUGCUGGAGCCUCCUAUGGUCGCAUUGUUGGGACAGUUGCUGGCUCUCUGACUAGUCUUGAUGUGGGUCUCUUUUCACUUCUUGGAGCUGCCUCCUUCCUGGGUGGCACCAUGAGAAUGACAGUCUCCCUCUGUAUCAUUCUCCUGGAACUUACCAAUGAUCUGCUAACGCUCCCAUUGAUGAUGCUGGUUCUCCUUAUUUCAAAAACGGUUGCAGAUUGUUUCAACAAGGGUGUCUAUGACCAAAUAGUGAGAAUGAAGGGGUUUCCUUAUAUGGAAGCUCAUGCAGAGCCAUACAUGAGGCACCUGGUCGCAAAGGAUGUUGUUUCUGGUCCAUUAAUCACCUUUUCGGGUGUUGAAAAGGUGGGAAAUAUACUACAUGCUUUGAAGACAACAGGCCAUCAUGGGUUCCCUGUCAUUGAUGAACCGCCUUUCACAGAUGCACCAGAGCUGUGUGGGCUUGUUUUGAAGUCUCAUUUGCUGGUUUUACUCAAAGGGAAGAAGUUUUCAAAGACGAGGAUGUUGGUCAGAUCAGAAAUCUUGAAAACAUUUGAGGCGAGUGAUUUUGCUAAGGCAGGAUCAGGCAAAGGAGUCAAACUGGAGGACCUGGACAUCACGGCCGAGGAGAUGGAGAUGUAUGUUGAUCUACAUCCUAUCACUAAUACAUCCCCAUACACAGUUGUGGAAACGAUGUCUCUAGCAAAAGCUGCUGUCCUCUUUCGGGAACUAGGCCUUCGACAUUUGUGUGUGGUGCCAAAGACUCAUGCUAGGCCGCCGAUUGUGGGAAUUUUGACAAGGCACGACUUCAUGCCGGGGCACAUACGAGGGCUCUACCCUCAUUUAAACUCUAGCAAGUAAAGGAAGUGAGUGGACUACAUGUUCGAUAACCUUCAUCUAUUGCAAGUAUAUGGUUUUGAAGGUAGUGUGUUUCUAAUAAGGAGACUUAUAUGCUUUUAAGGCCAUAAGGCCAUGUAAAGUAUAUAACUUAUCGAAAGGAAAUAAAAGGUUGACAUUAAUUUUAA